AUGGGAGUCGACUCGAGUCCACUUCCUCGCUCGCUCCACCACCUCCAUUCACGACUUGACUUCUUCUUCCCCCCGUCCUCCUUCAGUCCCUUCCUCUCUCAACCCGCUCUCUCUUUGUCAAGCUCUAAUCAGAUGGCAACUCAGGGCCAGGUUAUCACCUGCAAAGCUGCGGUGGCGUGGGAGCCUAACAAGCCGCUGGUGAUCGAGGACGUCCAGGUUGCCCCGCCGCAGGCCGGUGAGGUCCGCAUCAAGAUUCUCUUCACUGCUCUCUGUCACACUGAUGCCUACACUUGGAGCGGCAAGGAUCCUGAAGGCCUCUUCCCUUGCAUUCUUGGUCACGAGGCUGCUGGGAUUGUGGAGAGUGUUGGGGAAGGUGUAACUGAGGUGCAACCAGGUGAUCAUGUCAUUCCUUGUUACCAAGCUGAGUGCAAAGAGUGCAAAUUUUGCAAGUCAGGAAAGACAAAUUUAUGUGGCAAGGUCCGUUCUGCUACUGAUCGCAAAAGCCGUUUCUCAGUUAAUGGGAAACCCAUAUACCAUUUAAUGGGGACUUCUACAUUCAGCCAAUAUACUGUUGUGCAUGGUCUUGGAGCUGUUUGGAACACAGCUAAGGUAGAAGCUGGGUCAAUUGUUGCUAUUUUUGGCCUCGGUACUGUUGGCCUUGCAGUUGCAGAGGGUGCAAAAGCAGCUGGUGCUUCUCGCAUUAUUGGCAUAGAUAUUGAUCCUAAAAAGUUUGAUACAGGUAGUAUCUCAUUCUCGUUAUCUACGAAUAUAACAUUUGUUGUCUAUUGGUCAAAUGGAAAUAGCGUUUAUUUCUUCUGUUGUUACCUUUCUUUAGUACUUACUGUUGCAUAUGUUGAUCAGCACUGACAAUGCAUUGGUGUUAGUUUCUUUUGCAUAUGUGUGUGUGUUCUCCAGUUCUAUGAUAUAGUUGCCAGUUCUAUGAUAUAGUGGUUUCUGAGCGCUGCUCUCCAGGAACUUGUUUUCUUUGAGUUGACAUUUCUCUACGAAUUUUAGUAAUGAAAAACUCUUACCCUAUAAUUCCCUCACAUAUGGAUUUAUCUAUUAUGUACUAAGCAGCUUAGCCCAGUUUUCUCAUGCUAUUAUAAAAUUUCGUGGUUUUGCGCCUCACACGCAAACUGGAAUUUGGAACUGGGCUUACAUAACAGUUAUGAAUGUAUUAUGUUACCUCUUUCUGAAGUUUCUGCAUGUUUGAGGUGUGGAGUCUAGAUUAUGGAAUUGGAGAAACCUUUCAUGCUAGGCCGCUGAAUAUUGCACCUGACGGGGUUGAUUGCAUUGUGCAGCAAAGAAUUUUGGGGUUACAGAAUUCGUGAAUCCCAAGGACCACGAGAAGCCAAUUCAGCAGGUCCUUGUUGAUCUUACUGACGGUGGCGUGGAUUAUAGUUUUGAGUGCAUUGGGAAUGUUUCUGUAAUGAGGGCUGCUUUAGAGUGCUGUCACAAGGGCUGGGGAACCUCUGUCAUAGUGGGCGUGGCUGCUUCAGGCCAAGAGAUAUCAACUCGUCCUUUCCAGUUAGUGACAGGCCGGGUCUGGAAGGGAACAGCUUUUGGUGGUUUCAAGAGCCGUUCACAAGUGCCUUGGCUCGUGGAAAAAUACUUGAAAAAGGUGAAGCAAGCAAAAAUAGUCCUAGCUUUAUAUUAUGUACAUGGCAAUAUUCAAUAGAUAAUUUGACUUUGGCGGAGAUCAACAGAGCAUUUGAUCUGAUGCAUGAAGGAGGCUGUCUUCGGUGUGUGCUGGACUGCCAAGUCUAGGGUGGGAGGGGAUGGAUUUUUAUUUUAAUAUCAAAACAUGACAUGUUGAGACCAUGAACCCGGACUACUGCCGGUUCCUCUGGCGAAAAUGGCGAUUCCAAUAAGAAGGCCAUGGCCAAAGAUUUCUUAUACUUUGUUGGUUUUGCUCCGGUUAAUAAUUACUGGCUAGUGGCGAUGCCGCCCUGCUGUGCUCUCUCAAGUUCGUCGGUGUAUAUCACUGAUGUCGGCUUACCGAGCGGUAUGACUCGAUCAGAUGUUCAUGACAGUUUAAUGUGAGAAAGCUUGAAGGAAGAUGGAGCAACUCAAAUUCGAGGUCCAUUUACAAGGAAGUUCCAAUCUCAAACUCAAGCUUAUCUGGCGAGAUACUUUUGCUGAUUUGGGGUGACAUUCACUACAAGGACCGUGGAGCAGACGAGCCUAAAUGUGUGUUCAAAUUUGAGCCACACCCGCUAAAGACAUUCGUAGGUCAGACAUGCCAAAAGGGAUGGACAAAUUUGGCGAGAACAACUAAGGACUUUCUGGUGCCCAAGAAAGAGAUUCUUGAUGCCCAAGUCGUCCAUAAUUGUUGUCCAAGUCAUCCAAACGUCCAAAGGGAGAAGGAAAGAGAUAAAUUAGUUGCUAAAAAGUUUCCUUUAGCAUUGAAAAUGACUUGUAAUUAGUAGCUUGUUUCCUACUUACUAUGAAACUUGUUUUCCUAGUCCUAAGUACAUUAAUUUUAGGUUUUUGUGACCUCUAUAAAUAGAG